AUGUCGGGCUCAGUCCGGGGCGGCGGCCUGGUAGUACUCCCACUCCCGCCGCCGCUCGCUUCAACGCACCGCCUCGCCCCGUCCCCGCGUAGGCGCCACCGCCGCGCCGCCCCCGGGGUCCGCGCGGCUGCGGCGGCGGAGGGUGCCCCGCGGCCGACGGAGCCCGUCGAGGUGGUCGGCGUCGGGAGCCGGAAGGACGCCGUCAUCGACUUCUGCCUGGGCUCCCGCACCCUCUCCUCCACCCCGAUCCGCUUCUGGACAGUACAUGCAGAUAAUUCCGAAGUACAGUUCAUACAAAGAAGGCAUGGUGCAGAGGCAGUAGUCAGAGACUUGGAACCUCCCUUGUCUCUUCAUCCAUGCCCACCGGCGCUUAUAAUUGUUGCGAGUGCCGGACAGGAGGCUGAUCAAGUUGCUGCACUGGAGCUUCUAAGUGCUGCGAAAUCUGCUAAUAAUCUUGCUGCAUCAAUAUUUUUGAAGCCCUUCUGUUUCGAGGGACAAAGGCGGCAAGUAGAGGCAUCUGAUUUGAUUGUUAAACUUCAAGCAUGCUCAAACUUUCACAUUGUUAUUGAAGCUGAUUCACUGCUUGAGACCGAAGUGGAGACCCUUGCUGAAGCUCUGGAAAGUGCCAAUAAUGCCGUCCUAUCGACUAUUAGCAUGAUAUCUAUCAUGAUGUCGGGAUUCAAUCAGAUGUUCUGGAGCUCCCCUGAUGCACAAAUUAAGGAAGUUGGUCCGGAGGAAGUAGGCAAACUACUCAAAUGCUACGGGGAAGCUAGAGUUGGAUUUGGUGCUGGCUAUAAUGUUCAAUCAGCUAUUAAGCAAGCUGUUCUUCAUUGUCCAUUUCUUCGUGAAGGCAUAAAGGAAUUGAACAAUGUGGUUUUCCUCUCCAUUACAACUUCUCGGGUAUUGGCUGAGAGUGACAUGAUAUCGACUCUACACAUGUUUCGUCGAGUUACCGGGUUCAGUGAGGAUAUUAUAUUUUCUAGAAAUUCUGAACCUGAUUUAGAGCCGAAACUCAUAGUAGUUUCUCUCCUAACAAUUAGAAAUAACCGUGGUGAAAAUGUUACCUCGGUAAAGGAGGGGUUCCUUUCGAGCUUGGCUUUGCGUUUUCCUUUUAUAUCCUCUCUUAUGGGAGGAGACACUCCAGAGCUUAAACAAGCUUGGUCAAAUAACUCAUUCAGGCAACCGCCUGAUAGUGGAUUGAGUUUGGAAGAACAAGGAUUGUCAAAAGUUUCAAGUGCUUCUAAUUUUAUUUCUGAAGAGAUGGAAAAUGUCAAACCUGAAAGGGGAUCUAAUAACAACAACGGGAGAGCACAGCCAGAGUUUCAAGAAGCUAAUUUCGAAUCUGAUGGAGAAAUUAAUAUAGAUGCUGGCAGAGUGGAUUUAAGUUCAGAGAAAGGGCAUAAUUUCUGGAGCAAUGCCCCUGCCUUUGCUAUUGCACAACUAUGGGCUAAAGAGCGUACAACAACAGAUAGAGGCAAUCGAAGUAAUGAGCUCGAUGUUAUCACUCUGCCUGUUGGUGUAAAAUCUCCUGAAUCUCAGUAUGAUCAUUCUCCAAAUAUACAGCCUGAAACUCGCAAUGCUACUGAUAGCACAUCGCCAGCUACUGGGAAUGCUGCCUCUAGACCCUCACUUUCUGAUGUUGGUUUGGAGAAAGUGAUGGAGAUAUGCAGUUCCGCAGCAGCACUCCUAAAGGGCAGAAUGGAUAAAUCUCGAAAACGUGGCUCAGCUGCCAGCCGAGCUGCAUCAAUGCUUGAUGCAGAAAGAGAACCCGAAAAAACAUGGAGCCCAGUAGUUGAAAUACAGUUUGGAGAAGGAACUUACAGAGGAAGAUGCCAAGAAGGUGUCCCUGAAGGAAAGGGACGCUUAACCUACAUGGAUGGCAGCUUUUAUGAUGGACUCUGGAGGUAUGGCAAAAGAUCCGGUUUGGGAACCCUUUAUUACAGUAAUGGUGAUGUAUUUCAUGGAACAUGGAGGGAUGGUCUAAUUCAUGGAAAGGGUUGGUUCUUCUUUCACAGUGGUGACCGUUGGUUUGCGAAUUUUUGGAAGGGUAAGGCUAAUGGCGAGGGAAGAUUUUAUGCCAAGGAUGGGAGCAUACUCUUUGGCCAUUUUCAAAAUGGAUGGCGCCAUGGGGAGUGCCUGUUGAUAGAUGUGAAUGGAUCAAGGUGGCUUGAAGUUUGGGAUGAUGGUCUACUUACCGAACGGACUAAGCUGAAAGACUAGUAUUCUGAUCUAACUGAUUUCUCUGGACGUCUUUGGCAAAGUCUUGCUGCUCAGAUUAGGGAGGACAAUGCUUCCAUAGUGCAAAUCCUUCAAGACUAUUUGUCUUGUCCAAUUGUUGGUAGGUGUCUGCUGGAAGCUUUGUCAAAGUGAUUGUGCUAUUUUUCAAAGCUGUGAGCUGUAAUGGUUGCUGGAUCCGCCCCAAGAAGUAUGGGAGGCUCUCGUCAUAAUUCUGUUAUUCAAAGUGGGGAACGGAAACACCAUCACAAGCACAAAGAAGCACGCCUGGUUCUUUUUGCUGAUAGCUGCUACAUAUUUCUAGGCUCUGUAUGCGGAUGAAGAAAGUCUCCACAUUUCCAAUUGAAUACGCCCCAUCAGUACCAAAUGUAUAUAGUAUUAGUGUGUAGAUACUGAUGUGCAUCUUAUUUCAAGUUUAUUUACAUAUCUCCACAUCGCCCAGUCAGAGGUGCCCAAUGAUUUGAUGGGUACUGCAUAAACUGUAAGGAAGAGGUGACAUAGGGUCAGAGAGGGAAUCCAUGAUGUAGAUAGAUAUUGUGCGUAGUGUGUGUGUGUUUCAACUUUCAUUUUGAGCUUUUUGGCGACUGUAAGCUGAUUAAUACGGUUUUGUCAAGAAGUUCUUCACUGGUGGACAACAAUAGUACUAUUGAUUAAUCCAUUCUUGAUAAUGCCUAA